AAAAAAAAAAAAAAAAAAAAAAAAAACAUGUGGCGUGACCGGAUAGAGCAAAAUAACCACACAAUUUGGACAACACGUGUUUUCAUAUGUUUGUAUCUUGUCAGGGUGUCAAUGAGCAAGAAGGUGUAACUUGUGUGACCGCUGAAGUCGGUUGUCAGUUCGGAGAAGAGUCGCUUUUUAUUAACGGUGGCCCCAGAGGUAGAGGAAGUAGGAGAUUUGAGUGUCAUCAUGGGAGGUUGUUCGGCUACAGGCUGCUCUAGUCGUAACGAGAGGGGCAAGAAGUUGCACUGUUUCCCCCGUGAUCCCGUCAGAAGAGAGAUCUGGGAAAAGAUGGUUGGGAGGCGCAACUGGAAAGCGCACGACAGCUCGAGGCUGUGCGAGGUGAUCCGCUUUCUCCAAAUAUGCUUCAUCAUCUCGUCCCACAAACCUCAGUAGUACUUCAUGACCACUUUGAGGAGUCACAGUACGAAUCCAGGCGCAUGGACAACCUGCGGAAGUUGAAGCCAAACGCUGUACCAACCAAGUUCACCCACUUCCCACAAAAUAAGACUUUGAACAAAACACAGGUCCAGUUUCCUGCGCUGGAGAGACACAGUGUUGAACACUCCUACAGCCAGAGUGUGGAGAAGGAGCCGUCAGACACAGAGGACAGUGAUCCCUUUAGUGUGGAUGAAGACCCAGUAGAGAACAUACUGAAACCUGAAUGCUUUGGACUCCCUUUACAUUGUGAGUUUCUGUGUGUGUUGGAUGACCAGGAUUUUACAGCAGCUCAAUGUGACACCUCAGAGGAACCACAACUGAAAGGAGCUGAUGAGCACUGCGAGUGUGUAGAGCCUGAGACACAAUACUCCACACCUGUGGAAAACACUGACUCUGUGGAUUGUAAAAUAGCACAUCUUAAAAACAUCAUCCGAAAGAAGGACGAGAGAAUAUUGAUGCUGCUUAAAGCUGUUGUGAAAGAAAGGCGGGAGAAACACAAACUAGAAAGAGAGAAACAAAAUCUUAUCCAGAACAUCGAGAAAGUCUUCAACGCUAAUCAGAUGGAGAGACUCGAGCAAAAGAGCGACAGAGGAGUGAAGUGGUCCAUCGAGACCAUGGAGAAGGCAAGACAGCUGCUGGCCACUUGUGGAGUUCAGGGAUACAUGUUGCUGAGGGCACAGAACCAACCACUGCCAUCAUUAAGAUGUCUGAAAAAGAGGACUUCAGUGAAGAACAAAAGACUUGAACAGGAUGCUGCAUCAGAGGAACAAGCACCCACUGAAUUAGCAGAUUGUUUACAAACCACUGUUGGCUUAAAUGGCCCCUGUGUAGCAAUGGUGAUGCAAUAGAGCUAGUUACUAGUGUUGAUCAUGCUAUGCACCAACACAGUUGCAAAAACAAACUGCCCGGGAGCAUAACGCGUCUCAGAGGGGAUAAUACUUCAUCAGAGACACAAGAUUAGGCAAUUUCCUCAGCUACUUCAUGAGGACAAACAUAUACAGUAUGAGACAAAAAACGGUGACAAAUAUGCAUUGUGCACAGUGUUGAAUGUAUUUAUUUCUUUGCCUUAAAAUAAAUGUAGCAAAAUUGUGUCCAAUAAACCUCAUUUUGUGUUUA